AUGGCAGAAGAAGCGGCGAGCACCGAGAGGCGGCGGCAGAAGAAGCGGCGAGCACCGAGAGACGGCGGCAGAAGAAGCGGCGAACACCGAGAGGCGGCGGCAGAAGAAGCGGCGAGCACCGAGAGGCGGCGGCAGAAGAAGCGUCGAGCACCGAGAGACGGCGGCAGAAGAAGCGGCGAACACCGAGAGGCGACGGCAGAAAAAGCGGCGAGCACCGAGAGGCGGCGGCAGAAGAAGAGGCGAGCACCGAGAGGCGACGGCAGAAGAAGCGGCGAGCAUCGAGAGGCGACGGCAGAAGAAGUGGCGAACAUUGAGAGGUGGCGGCAGAAGAAGCGGUUAGCACCGAGAGGCGGCAGCAGAAGAAGCUGCGAACACCGAGAGGCGGCGGCAGAAGAAGCGGCGAGCACCGAGAGGCGGCGGCAGAAGAAGCGGCGAGCACCGAGAGACGGCGGCAGAAGAAGCGGCGAACACCGAGAGGCGGCAGCAGAAGAAGCGGCGAACACCGAGAGGCGGCGGCAGAAGAAGCGGCGAACACCGAGAGGCGACGGCAGAAGAAGCGGCGAACACCGAGAGGCGGCGGCAGAAGAAGCGGCGAGCACCGAGAGGCGACGGCAGAAGAAGCAGCGAGCACCAAGAGGCGACGGCAGAAGAAGCGGCGAGCAUCGAGAGGCGACGGCAGAAGAAGUGCCGAACAUUGAGAGGUGGCGGCAGAAGAAGCGGGUAGCACCGAGAGGCGGCAGCAGAAGAAGCUGCGAACACCGAGAGGCCAUGGCAGAAGAAGCGGCGAGCACCGAGAGGCGGCGGCAGAAGAAGCGGCGAGCACCGAGAGACGGCGGCAGAAGAAGCGGCGAACACCGAGAGGCGGCAGCAGAAGAAGCGGCGAACACCGAGAGGCGGCGGCAGAAGAAGCGGCGAACACCGAGAGGCGACGGCAGAAGAAGCGGCGAACACCGAGAGGCGGCGGCAGAAGAAGCGGCGAGCACCGAGAGGCGACGGCAGAAGAAGCGACGAGCACCGAGAGGCGACGGCAGAAGAAGCGGCGAGCAUCGAGAGGCGACGGCAGAAGAAGUGGCGAACACCGAGAGGUGGCUUCAGAAGAAGCGGGUAGCACCGAGAGGCGGCAGCAGAAGAAGCGGCGAACACCGAGAGGCCAUGGCAGAAGAAGCGGCGAGCACCGAGAGGCGGCGGCAGAAGAAGCGGCGAGCACCGAGAGACGGCGGCAGAAGAAGCGGCGAACACCGAGAGGCGGCAGCAGAAGAAGCGGCGAACACCGAGAGGCGACGGCAGAAGAAGCGGCGAGCACCGAGAGGCGGCGGCAGAAGAAGUGGCGAGCACCGAGAGUCGGCGGCAGAAGAAGCGUCGAGCACCGAGAGGCGGCGGCAGAAGAAGCGGCGAACACCGCGAGGCGGCGGCACAAGAAGUGGCGAACACCGAGAGGCGACGGCAGAAAAAGCGGCGAGCACCGAGAGGCGGCAGCAGAAGAAGCGGCGAACACCGAGAGGCGGUGGCAGAAGAAUCGGCGAACACCGAGAGGCGACGGCAGAAGAAGCGGCGAACCCCGAGAGGCGACGGCAGAAGAAGCGGCGAGCACCGAGAGGCGGCGGCAGAAGAAGCGGCGAGCACCAAGAGGCGACGGCAGAAGAAGCGGCGAGCACCGAGAGGCGACGGCAGAAGAAGCGGCGAGCAUCGAGAGGCGACGGCAGAAGAAGUGGCGAACAUUGA